AUGUUUUUAAGCUUUAAAAUAAAACUGUUGAUACUAUUUAUAUAUUUAUAUAUAAAGUUUGUCUAUUCUAAUAAACAGAUUCAAAAAACAUUAUCUCAAGACAUAUCAAAAGAAUUGUAUAGAAAUAUAGUUCCACCACUAAAUAGUGGAUAUAAUAUAUAUAAUCCAGUUUUAAAUGGAAAUAAUAAUAAAAAAGAAAAUAAACAUACGUGUGAAGCAGCAGGAUGUUCAUCUUAUAAAGAUAUUAUAAACAAUAAUGAUAAUACCAAUACUAAUAUUGAUGAUUGUUUAAGUGGGUUUAUAUGUAAAAAAUGCAAAAAAACACAUGCAAAAAAUUCAAAUAUAUGUUUUUAUUCUAAUAUUGAAAAUUAUCAAAAUUUAUAUGAGGCAUUAUUAGAAGAAUACACAUUAACUCCUUAUGAUGAUUUUGAAAUUCCUUUGAACAAGUCUUCCAAAAAAAAGGCAGACCAAAGUGGAGAAUACCAAAUAAGUGAUGAACGUGAUGAAGAUGGAAAAAAUGGGGAGAGUGGAAAAAAUGAUGAGAGUGGCAAAAAUGGUGAGCGUGGUGAACGUGGUGAACAGAGCAAGAAAAAAAAAAAAAAAAAAAAUGAUGAAGAUGAUGAGGAUGAUGAAAGUGAAGGCGACGGUGAAGAUGAUGAUGUCACAUUUUUUGAAAAAAAAGCGAAGACUAACUCUUAUCAAGAAUGGGAUAAAAUAAAUGAUAAUACGAUGAGACUUAUUGAAAAGAAAACAUAUAAGCAAAGCAAAAGCAAGCAAAGCAAAAGCAAGCAAAGCAAAAGUAAGCAAAGCAAAAGUAAGCAAAGCAAAAGUAAGCAUGCGAAUGGUAGUGCUAAUGCUACUGUAUUAGAACCCUUUGGAAAACACGACCAAGUUACACAGUUUUAUGUUAAUGAUUAUUCUUUUCUUUUUGAAAAAAAUAAAAAAGAAGAAAAGAUUGUAUAUAAGAGAUUAAAAAUAAAUAUAAAUAAAUAUGAAGAACAUUUAAAAAACAAAUUAAAUAAAUGUGACAUUUCAGAUGAUGGGACUAUAACUGUAUAUAUUAAAUUGUUAUUACAAAUAGUUAAGGAUAAAAAUGAUAUAUAUGUUGAUAUAAAUAAAAAAAGUAUUUUAGAUUCAAAAGAAACAAACAAAUUAAAUAAUAAUAAAACAACAAAACAAACAAAUAACAAAAAUAAAAAUAAAUAUGAUUCAACAUAUUAUGAUAGUGAUAGUGAUAGCGAUAUCGAUAGCGAUAGUGAUAGCGAAAGUGAUGAUGAUGAGUUUUACGGAUAUAAUAAAAAAAAAAGAAGUAACUACUCAUAUAUAGAAAUGUUAGACUUAGUUGAGAAUGGACAUGGUACAAAUAACGGCAAAAAUAACGACCCGGAUAACGGGGCAAAGAUACAAUUUGACAAGUCUGAUGGAAAAAAUAUGUCUACUGGUUCUGAAUCCAAGCAAGAUAAAGAUAACAUAAACUCAUAUUUGUUUAGUAGAAAAAAAAACAAAGAAAUAAAAAAAACAAAUAAUUUAAUACCAAAUUAUAAAAUAAUUAAAAAUGUAACAAAAUAUAAUUUUUAUCAAGAACGAUUAACAGAUGAUUUAGACGGAGACUCAAUGGGAAACUAUUAUAAAUCUCGUAAUGGGUUUUUUAAAUCUUUAUUUUCAAAAGUUUACAGAAAAAAAAAUAAAGAUGAAUAUAGCGAUUAUGAUAGUGAUAGUGAUAGUGAUAGUGACAGCGAUAGCGACAGUGAUAGUGAUGAUGAUCGUAGACAAAAAAGAAAAAAACGUUAUCGUCUAUUUUCAUGGAAAAAAAAAAGAAAAAUAAAAAAUAAAAAUAAAAAUAAAAACUAUGAUGAUGAAAGUGAAUAUGAUGAAGAUGAUAAAUAUUCGAAUAGAAAAAAAUAUGCAAAAGAAGAAGAAGAUGAUGAUGAUGAUAAUAAUAAUGAUGAUGAUGAUGAAAAUAAAAAAAAUAAAAAAAGCUUAAUUGCAAGUAAAAAUGAUGAUAAACAAAAUCAUGAAAAAAAAUCAAAAAUAAAAGCAUUUUUUACUAAAAUAAAAAAAAAAAUAAUUCCAGAAAAACAAAAAUUACAUAUAGAAUCAUUUUUUAAUAGUAUUAUAGUUAAAUCAUGUAAAAAUUCAAUAAAAUGGGAAGGGCAUAUGUUUAAAAAAAAAUCUCUUAUAGAAGUCACAUUGAAAGUGCCUGUUAAAAUUAAAUAUAUUGAAGAUCAACCUCUAAAUUUUUUUAGAUCUGGAUUUGAAACUAUUUUAACUUGUCAUAAUUGUGAUGAUGUAAUAUUUAAUUCAUGUGUUCAGGUUUAUUGUACAAAAAAAAAUGAGCAUGAACAAGGAAAAGACAAUGAAAUAAAAAAAGCUGAAAAUACACAAAAUGAACCAGUUUCGAAAGUAGGUAAUUUAGGAGAUGUUUCACAAAUUCCAUAUAUGGCGGGUGCAUCUAUAUUUUCACCCUUACCAAUAUAUCAUAAUAAUAAUAAUAAUUAUUAUCCAGGAAGUACUAGCAUGUUAUAUUAUGAUUCUUAUAGUGAAGGAAAAAAUAACUAUUUUAAUUAUUUUCUUUUCUUUUUCAUAUUUCUGCUUAACUGUUUCACAAUUUGGUAA